GCCCUGGCCGAGGAGCGGCGUCCCCGUGUCCAUGGCGGCGGCGGCGGCGGCGACGUUGAGGUUAUGGACAACUUCGUGAAAAUCGAGAAGAUAGGGGAGGGAACGUACGGGGUGGUCUACAAAGCCCGGGACAAGCUGACCGGCAAACUGGUGGCGCUCAAGAAAAUCCGUCUAGAGACGGAAAGGGAAGGCGUCCCGUCCACCGCCAUUCGGGAGAUAUCGUUAUUGAAAGACCUCGCUCAUCCAAACAUCAUACAGUUGUUCGAUGUCGUAGACGGCGACAAUCAUCUGUACCUGGUGUUUGAAUUUCUGCAGCAGGAUCUGAAAAAGCUGCUGGACUCCGUUAAGGGCGGCCUGGAGCCAGCUCUCGUUAAGAGCUAUCUGUGCCAGUUGCUGAGAGCAAUUUCCUUUUGCCAUCUCCGCUGUAUAUUGCACAGAGACUUAAAGCCGCAGAACUUAUUGAUAGACCGGGACGGUCAUAUCAAACUGGCCGACUUCGGACUGGCCAGGAUGAUUGGCGUCCCGGUUCGCACUUACACGCACGAGGUCGUCACGCUUUGGUAUCGCGCGCCGGAGGUCCUCCUGGGCACUAAAUUGUACACUUGCGCCCUGGACAUAUGGAGCCUCGGUUGUAUAUUCGCAGAAAUGGCGACCAGGAGAGCUCUGUUUCCCGGAGACUCCGAAAUAGAUCAGUUAUUUAGAAUAUUUCGCAUGCUCGGCACACCGGACGAAACGAUCUGGCCAGGGGUGUCGCAGCUUCCGGACUACACAUCCAGAUUCCCCAGGUGGGAGGCGGCUAACAUGAACGACGUUUUACCCAAUUUCGAGGAUGAUGCCAAAGACUUGCUUUUAAAAAUGCUGACGUACGAUCCCAAUCAGAGGGUAACCGCAAAGAAGGGAUUGAAUCAUCCUUAUUUCGCUGGGGUCAAAUUAGUUCCACCUCCACUGCCAAAGAAAAACUGACGUAGAUUUUACUGCCGAUUGAAUUGCUGUAUUUUUGUUUUUACAUGGAACUUGAGUGUGAAACAACUUUGGAUGGAAAUAACUUAAUAUUGCACGUGUUCAAAAGUCUUGACAGUCGAAAUAUAUAUAUAUAUAUUUUUACUUCUAUAAA